CCGUCUUUAACACAGCCACCAGCUGAGGGAGUUUGAGGCAGAGGAAGAAUAUUUUAGUUUUAGUUGUCAUUUAUUAACACAUAAUCAUGGUUUUAAUGGUCAUGAUAGCCAGAGUGAGUGACGGGCUCCCUCUAGCUGCAUCCCUCCAAGAUGACGAACAAUCUGGUCGCAGUCUGGUGGAUUAUCAGAAUCAAGCCAAGAUGCUCUUCAAAAAGCUUACAGUAAAUAGUCCCAACAGAUGUACCAUAGAAACUGGCCCGUAUGUCUUCCACCUUAUUAUUGAGAAUGGAGUGUGUCAUUUGGUGCUGUGUGAGAGAGGGUACAGCAAAAAGACUGCUUUUACUUUCCUAGAAGAAAUGUCCUCCGAGUUUACACUCCAACACGGACCCAAAGUUCCACAAGCGACCAGACCAUACUCCUGCAUUGAGUUCGACACAUACAUCCAGAAACUUCGUCGGCAGUACAGCGACCAGCGAGGCCGACGUCACUUGCAUCAACUAAGAGAAGAUCUGAAUGAUGUACAGAGAAUCAUGAUGGACAACAUUGAUGACGUCUUACAGCGAGGAGCAACUCUCUCAGAUUUAGAGACGAAGGCAACUGGACUGUCAAUUAUGUCCAAAAAGUACCAUAAAGAUGCUCAGUAUCUGAACAUGCGGUCAACGUUUGCCAAGAUCGCUGCCGGUGCUGUCGUCACUCUGGUGUUUAUUGUUUACUUCUUUGUCUUUUGAAGACCUUGUGAUAGUGUUUCAUUUCUUCUUUUCCUGUAAGGUUAGGGAUUUAAGGCUUGUAGUUUAUUGCACCUUCUUUUGAAUAAAAUUAAAAAAGAUUCUUUCCAAAGUUGGUGGGGUUUCAUGAAGAAAAUUUUUCAUUUAGUUAUAUUUCAUUCCAGUAUUUAUGGUAAACCAUCAGUAAGCAGAUUCUAAAGAUGAUCAGUUGUAUAGCUAAAAGAUUAGUUUAGUUGCUGAGAUGAAUGGAUAGCAGCUCUAUGAACCAUUAUCACGAGCUAGCUGGGACAAGAGUAAGUAGCUAACUUUGUGAUGAUCUGGACUUACAUCCAGAAGGGAAUUGGCUUGAAACACUCAAGUCUCCAUAUGUCUAGAUACAGUACUGUACUGCUUUGCUUACACGUCACGAUGUACUGCAUAUUAGUUUCUUCCACUUCAUUGUGGCUACAGCUAUCACACUUAAAAUUGUAAAAUGGUAUUAUUUUAUGUGAAUUGUGACAAAUUGUUUCAUGGAAAAAGAUUAAACACGGUAAUCACAUAAGAUUUUGACAUGAGAAAACUAUUUUCCUUAAGGUGUAGGUUAGGUUACAGUAUAAGCAGAUCAGUGAUAUAUGUGUGGGCGUCUCACCAUAGAUUUGUCAUAUACAUAUAAAUAAAUUUGUGCACACGAACAAAAUGUAAGUCCUGUAUAUUGUAGUUACAUACAAAAAGCCUGUGUCCCGUAAGGGAAGUUAUGCUGCACUCUGUCUUAAAAGAAAGAAAAAAUAUUUAUUGGUCACUUAUACAGGUUUAUGAGAAUAAGAAUACUGUAGCAAAUAUUACUCUGCAGUGAUGAACAAACUAGAAAACACAAUGUACUUUUACAUUUACUCGACACAAGAUAAACCUUCUGGUGUAAAAUGCAAUACAACGCUAGUUUUUCAUCCUCUGCCUAGAUGACCCACCAUACUGCCUCUUGGUUUAUUUAGAUUAAUGUCUCCAAGAAAGAAGGCAGUGAAGGCAACCACUGUAUUAUUUUAGUCCAAAACCAACACCUAAAAAAUAGUAAAUUUCUAGAAUGUUUUAAUUGUUUUUUGCCACUUUAUGAAGGUGCUAAUGGUUAAUUACUGAUUAUUUUGAGAUCAUUUUGCUAGUGAGCAGCUUCAGAUUUACGAAGUGAUCUAUUUUACAUACUUAGAAUGACUUAUAAAUUUAUUAUGAAAUUGUGAUAAAACAAGGAAAGUUUUUCUGUACUUUAUAGUCUUUGAUUUAUGGUGAUUCAAGCAGAGUUUAUCAUUUGCAUCAGUGUCCACCAACCCCCAUUAUUAUUAUUUAGUUUUCCAAAUAAAAAUAAUACAUUGAUACAUUUAGUAAUUAUUAUUAUUAAUCAAAUCCUUAAAAUUUUAAAAUUAAUAUCUGUUCUAUAUUUCCCUAAAAAGUAAUAUGGGUAGUUAAGUCAUACAACAAAUUAAAUGUUUCACAGCAGUGACUUAAUGUUUUCAAAAUUCUCUCAAACAUCCUUAUGUGAGAACAGUGCUUGGAUAUACAGUAAAUAAACAUUGGAGUAUUAUUGAGGACCUAACUUAAACAUUUUUGGCAAAUAACAUUAUUCCAAGAUGUUUAGAAAGUUUAAUUUUCCCUUGGAUUUACACUUUUUAUAUAUAUGGAUAAUUGAACUUGUAUGUAGUUUUGGUAUGACUGGACAUGAAGUUUGUAUUUUUCUGUUCCUCUACACAGUAGCACCUACGGGAUUCCCUCUGUGCCCAAUAAAAUCAUCUGGCAUUAAAAGUGGCGACCUGGUAGUGAAGAGAUUAAUUUAGUUAUAGGUCUCAUGAGUUUGUUGGUUAAAGUUUGACUAUGAACCUACAACAUUAACUGAACUCUGUGAAAAUAUGCUUCAUGAGGUAUAAGACUCCCUGAGUAGCAGUAAGGGUUAUAGGUACUGUACUCAAUAUCUUUUAAGCACACACAUACUCACUCACUGGUGCAACAUUUGUGGGAGAUAUAAAGGAUAGCUUUCCGCGCUUUACUCCUCACGCACCUUAGCCCAUUUACCUACGGAUGCAACCGUUUUCUGGCAUACUACUACCUUAAAUAUCUCCUCUCCUACAGUACUGAUGAUUACCUUAUGGGGACUUUUUGUAAACACUUGUUGUCCUCAUUUUAAGCUCGUCACAACUUGUAUUCAAAUUAGUCGGUACACACUGUUCCCAAUUUAUGAUAGGAACUAUUUACAUAUUCUCAAGUUUAGAUAACUUUUUUUCCAUACCCAUUGAAUUAUUACUCAUUUUGUUUCAGCAUAUUUGUUGAAUAUAAUUUAGAUGUACAGUAUACUUUUCUUUUAAUAAGAGAAAUAGAUUACUGGUAUUAAUGAAGUAACCAGAUGCAGUGUAUGUCUUUACUCAUAUGACACCUUAAGAGGGUGAAACAUCAUUGAAACUCACUAAUGAUAAUAUACUGUAACACUUGAUUAUUAUUUACAACUACACUUUACUUUUAUAUUGAAUUUAAGUGAAAACCAGCAGAAAUAUAUAUUAGAUGAUGAUGUAGAUAAAUUUCAGAUUAUUUUGUCUUGGUGUUGAAUUAUUGAAGACUGUAUUGACCUGAUGACAGUACAGGGUUAAUUACUCGCUGGUAACCCCACAGUAUAAUUAAUGUUAGUUAUUUAUGGUGUAUUAGUUUUUACGUGUUUUCAGUGAAGGCUUUGGUGUUAUUUUUGCAAGUGUUUCUGUCUCUCCCUCCCUCUCUGUCUCUCUCUGUUUCUCUCCCUCUGUCUCACUAUCUCUCUCUCUCUUGUUUAUUGUCUUGUAACAGUCACUGUAUUAGUGAAAUUCUGGGUCUACCUGCAAGUGAAUUACCUUGUGUUAUUAUGUAUUUACUGGUGUGUGUGUGUGUGUGUAUAUACAUUGAUACAACCAUACACACACACUUAUAGCUGUAGUCUUCAAACUGUAGGAAAGGGUUGUCUCUCCCCCAUGCAAAGUGUGAGCAGCCACCCACACUCUGAGUGGUAUGCUUAGCUGAGGGAAUGCUUGCCCUUUCAAAUGGGCAAGCAGUGGAAUUGUCCCUACUCAUCACUUCAUCAACUGCAGCAUCAAAAUUAAAUCACUAAAUUAACUUAAGUAGUCAAUCGCUGUUUUGUAAUUUAUAUGCGUAAAAAUUUUCAGUUUCAUUUCAAUAACCUCAGUUUCUCCACGUCUAUGUUCACAGUAAUGAUACACCAACACACCACACACUGGCCAGCAACACGUGCAGUAUCUACAUUACCUAACAAUUUCUCUCAUCCUCAUCGGUUGUCUUACUAUCGGGGUGAUGAAGUUUGUCAGCUAGAAAUUAAUACAUAAAAUAUUAUCAGUAGAUUAGCUCUGUGUAAUUCACUUUAAUAAAUAAUUUAUCCUGUAUAUAUAAAGGCAAUGGAGAAGUCGCUUAAAUGUACCUCUACCCAAGGUUCUCUGUAUUGACAAUAAAAACCACUUGGUAAUUUGUUACAAAACUCUGAUCUUGAAUUGUAUAGUGUUAAAAUUUGUGGCUUUAAUACUGUUUUCCUCUACAUAACACUAUUUCAGCCUACAGAAAUUCUUUCUUCUACAGUAGUGACUGGCCAUGUUUGAGCCAAUCAUAAUUGUAAAUACAGUAUAUGGGAAUAAAACAUGUAAUAAAACCAAUGAAAUUCAAUUUAAUGAAAUGGCCUUGUUAGUUAUUGUUUGUUCAAAGUCAUGAGAACCAUAUUGAAUUUUUUUGGUCUAUGCUCUAUUAUGGUGAUUGUCUAUGCUAUGCUUUACCAGUGGCUAGUGUAUAGCAAUACAUAACAUCAUCUAUGAAGAGAAAGAAGUGUUUUAUCUGUGAGUUAGCAUUGUUGUUCUGGCCAUCAAGUGAUGAGGACAUGAAACAGUUUUCAAUUGGUCGUGGAUAUUGACGUUCUUAUUUCCAAAACAUUACUUCAACAAUUAAUGAUAUACUGUACUGUACUACACUUUUUUAUACAUGAAAAUUUAACAACAUGUACAGAGUGUAAUUUAACAAAGAAAUCUCAAAGGCGUGGUCACCCUCACUUAAUCAAAACCACUCUUUGUAACCUUUGUGUAUCAAGACUAUAAGAUACCCAGGGACAGGCAUGGGCAACGCCUUCCCGCAGUUUAAGACUAUGGCUGUUAAACUCACACAUACAUACAUGAGUUAAUGAAAAAUAUUAAAGGAUAAUAUUACUAUAGAUAUGUGGAAUAGAAUUUAAAGGAGUGCAGUUUUUCUCUCAUCUUGAUAGUUCCUGUUUUAUGCAUUGAAUUAAUUUUACAUUACUGCUGUGAGGUCUUCCCUGGUCAGUGCACAUACCUUGUGUAUAUUGUAAUGAAGUCUUAGAUAUACUAACUUUUGUGUAAGGUUAAAGGAAACUAUAUGCUGCUGUUUGAUCAUGUAUCGAUUUUGACCGUUUUUGUGACUCGUUGCUUAUAAAGGUGUUUAAUAAUGUAUUUAGAUAAGAAUGAAGUGGAUAUUUACCUUUAGAUAUCAGUUAUUUUAUUUGUGCUUGUGAGAAGUUUAUAGUCAUCUUAUUGUAUUGUGUGUGUAAAAAAAUCUAUGAAUCAUAAUUUUUACUAAACAUCUUUUCUACGGCCUUUUGUUACUCUGUGUCGUGGAGAAUCUCUGAAAAUAUAAGAAUUUUUUAACCCAUUCUUUACCACAACCAUAAGUGAAGGACUGUACGUGCAGCCACACACAACACUGCAUUAACACUACACCUUAGUUUGCAGUAAAGGAAGGGUUAUGUACAAUCGCGGACAAACGUUCAUUCGCAGCGGUGAAAUUGCAUCACUGGAAUGAGUCUCCGAACUGACUUAUCCUAACUGUUAUAUCUCGUUUAGGGUCGAUGCUGAGGGAGUGAUCUUUUGACCCCGACUGUACUGUAUUAGUAAUUGUAAUAUUCUCUGCUCCAGACUAAACAUUUAGCUUGAGUGAUCAGGUCAUUUUUAUGUCAUUGAAAUGCUGUUUAAAGAAGUGAUGAACAUGUUACGGUUAAAGAAAAAAAUUAUACAUUUAUAUAA